GUGAAAACUAACCCAUCCAUAUUGAUUACUGCUCACUCUACCCACCAAAUUCCGCAUACAAUCUAAAGCUCACAAGAACUCUAGAUUAACACUUACUUUCACAUUUUUAAAAGAAACGAAAAAGAUUUUAAAUCUUUGUCUAAUUGAAAAGAGAAGGCUUCGAGUAGAAGCAGAAGAAAGCAUCGAAGCAGAAAGGGAAGGCUAGAAGCAGAGAUAAAUGAUAGGCAGAUAAGAAUUGCAAAUAAAUAGAAGCAGAUAAAUAAUAGCUUGGAAUUGGAAGGGAGUUGCGACUAGAAUUGGGAGUCGCGACAGAAGCUGAGUUGCGAUUGGGAGUCGCGAAAUUCAAAGUCGCGAUUGGAUUGGGAUUUUGAAGCGACGCUGCGUUCAAUCGCCGAUCUAUUGCGAUCGUACGAUUUCCCGAUCCGGAUCGACAAUCCGACCGAGCCUAUUGACCAUCGCGAUUCUGGAGGCGAGUCAGAUCGGGAAGUUGCUGGCGAUCCCUGGACUCGUAGAAUCGUACGAGUCAGAUCGCGAUUUUGACUACCAUGCUCAACACAUAUUCGAGCAGACUGGGGAUUGAUUAACUUCAUUGUCCUAUCAUCUACUACCUCCGUCCCAUUGUCUUUGUCCAGUUUUGACUUUUGGAACUGUUCAUCUAAGCAGUUUGACUCAUCAAAUUCUCUCAAUGUGUAAGCCUAAAAAUAGUCAUGUGUGAUCUUGUUUGAUUCGUCUUCAUAUAGAUUAUUAAUAUAUAAUUUUUAUAAUUUUUUAAUAUACAAAUUACAAGAUAAAAUGGAUUAAAGAAGUGCAUUGGAUGGUGUGCCAAAAGGUAAGUAGACAAAGACAGUGGGACGGAGGGAUUAGCAUUUAAGGAUUUCAGAGAUUGGAGGCAAUGAGAUUAAUAGCUCUAUGAUCUUGAAGAUGUAUAUGAAGGUUGUGUAUGGUCACCCAUAUUGGCACAAUAGGACAUUCGUCUGAGGGGCUGUAAUUAGAGUGCCAUUUUUGCAUCACCAUAGUGGUAGAUCCAACGUUCCAACCUCUACAAAGCAUGAGACGCUGGAAAUCUAUCUCCUUUUCACGCUGGAAGUCUUAUAUUAAAGCUCUGGCACUAAUGAUAGGGUGUUAUGAUCCUGCUGCUACUUGAUAUAACUUAAAUUUUCGAAGAUUUUUGUUUCCCUGCACCUCAUUUGUAACUUUUUUUUCCCUGACAUUUUUUGGGCAGGAAAAAUUAAAAGAGAAAAAGCCUGCUUUAACAGAGGCACUAACUCAAACACUCCAGGCAAUGCACAAGUCUGGCUGCAUAAAUUUCUCGGAUAUUGUUGAAGAUAUUAAGGCAGCCACAAAAAACAAAGUUCCACUUGUUUGAUCUUUGACAUUGAACUGGCACACAGUUUGUAUUGAAACAAGCAGCAAGGCUAUUAUUCUCAAAGCUCAUAAGGAGUAUGUUCCUAUUUGUAUGGAGAUUUGGCUCGGGGCUCGGGGAUGACAGAUUUGGCGGAUUUGGCUUGGGGAUGACGACGACGGAAGAGCUGACUGUGGCGGUGGGGGCUCGGGCGAAGCUGGGGGGGCUGACAAAGAUGGUCGGCGCAAGAGGCGGUGGUGGGGCUGGGGGCGACGGAGGGGCAGCGGUAGUGGUUGGGGGCUGUGUUCGGUGAGGCUGACAAAGGAAGGACAUGAAUGGCAUUUUAAUCAAAUUGCACCAUAGCCAACUUCCCAUGAAAAUGAACAAAAGUCAAAAUAGUUACUUUAAUACCGGGUGGAGGGAGUAAUAUAUAUCUUUUAUAUUUUUUGCAUUUAGCACUUUUAUGACUUCUGAUAUAAGCUCAUGUAUUGUGGCACCUUCUCAUGCUUUGUUGACAUGUAAAACUAGAUUACAAACAAAAUCAUAAAAGGUAUGGGGAGAGAGUGUGUAUGUAGACCUGAGUCAUGCUUGAAAGUAGAGAGGCAGUUCCCAAGACAUAUAAAACAAGAUUAUGGAUUUAAAAUCAUUUUCCAAAACAGUGUUCGUUUUUCAUGUGGAGUCAUGCCAAGGGGGCCAAGAGAUUCAUUUUGUUUUUUGUAUCUUUUCAUUGUUCAUUUAAUAAAAUAAAAACAAUACAUUGGUCAGAUUAAUUGAGGUUUCUGAAUCGGUAGUACAGCAAGACUAGCCUUGGAUCUGCUGGUUAGUGUGAAUAAACUUCAUUGUGUCAUAACAGCGGGAUUCCCAUAUGAAAAAGGUCAAUGUUUUGCAGUAAGUGUGGCUAAAGGAAAGGGCGGGCGCAGGUUCCUGGAGAUGUUUUCUAUUAUUGGAAGUUUUUUACAGACUGCGUGGACCAUUCUCAGGAAAACAUCACUCUCCAGUUUGUUGAUGGAUUGGACUAUGGGGACAUAACUACACUGUGUAGAAUGUGAAUGAGUACUAAGUUGUUUCAGAAUGAGUACUACGUUUAUAAUGAACAAAUGUGUGAAAG